ACUAUUCCAAGUUCAACAACAUUCGGUACACUAUCUAUAUAUUUCGUGUUUACACUGUUCAUAAGAAACUCUCGUAUUGUCUUAUAUAAGACUAUAUUACAUAUAUUAUACCCUGUGUCUUGUAGUGUAGAUAUCUACAAUGGAAAAGGUGUUUUUAAUAUCCGUUCUUAUUAUGACUAUAACUCUCGUAUGCACAGGUUCACAGUCAGCUGACAGAAGAAGGCACAGAUCUAGGGCACGACAUAUUCUGACUUCCGGUGGCGAUUUACAACGUAUUUCAGUGUCAACAACACUGCCCCCUAAUACCCAAGGAACUACAUCACCGGUAUCUAGCUCCACAAUAUCUACAGUUUUAACUACAACGAGGGGACCGUUAACCAACCAGGGUUCUACCUUAACAACAACAAGUGGCGACAUCGCUUCAAACCCACCGCCACGACGAGGAUCUCAGCCAGUUUCAACUACAACGAGGGAGCCAUUAACCAACCCGGAUUCGAUCUUGACAACGACCAGUGACGACAGCGAUUCGAACCCGCCGCCACGACGAGGAUCUCAGCCAGUUUCAACUACAACGAGGGAGCCAUUAACCAACCCGGAUUCGACCUUGACAACGACCAGUGACGACAGCGAUUCAAACCCGCCGCCACGACGAGGCUCUCAGCCAGUAGAAUCAGCGUAUGAUCAGUCUAACUGGGACCUAAUCCAACGACGACUGAGUAACCCUUCACCAGAACCAAACUCUCAGGACAGAAAUCGAAACCGAUUUACAAAUCGAGAUAGGCAAAACCGUCCCGAUCACUUACAGAAUCCGCAUGUUGAUCAAGGUCAAGGGUCGCAGCAAGGUCAAAAUGAAGAUGAAAGCCAAGGACAAAGUAACGUACAGGGUCAAGGCCAACAACAGAGUCAGGGUGGACGAGGCCAGCAGACGCAAUCCUUUCCUGGGUCGCCAUUUUACAACAAAAUGACCGCAUUUGACUAUCUAACAAGCCGGCAGAAUAGCGGAGCUUAUCAAAAUGCUAAUAUGAGACGAAAUCGUGAACUAAAUCGAGCUAUGGGAGAAGGCAUGUGUGAAGCAUUCGGUAAACAUUAUCAGGCUAUUGCCAUUGGUGGGAUAUGCGUGUGAUUGUUUCCGUACCUGUGACAUUGAAUUAUAUCGUGGGUUUAUAUUAAAUAGAUAUAGAAAGCAAUACGUAUUGUUGGAAGGUUUUAAUCAUAUAUUAAUACCAGUAUUACGUAAAGAGAAACAAACAAUUCUACUUUCAUUUUAUACAAUUACUACCAAUAAUACGUAAAUUGAAACAGACAAUUCUACUACUCAUUCAUAAUUAACAGUGUCCAGUCACCUUGAAAUCUGACUGUGAAUGUGACUUCAGUGAUUUUCCAUACGCACAGAAACUGGUUCUGAAAAAAAAUCCAAUAUAUAAAUGUUUAGUUUUAAAGUUCCUUUCGAUCUUUUUAAUGACCCCCAUCCUCAUCAAAUCGGCACAGAUUGUUGAUCCAUGGGUGUCUGGAUAAAUAUAUAUAUGUGUACUAAAGUUUUUGAUUUAUUCCC